CCUCUCUCUCUCCUCUCCUCCCCUCCCCGUCCCGACGAACCCCAAGCCGCGUGGAGGAGAGAGGAGAGAGAGAAGGGGAGGAGGAGGAGGAGCCGUCCCCAGCCCGCGAUGGGGCAUGAGGAAGGGGAGCGCGCGGAGCGCGCGGCGGCGGUGGCGGCAGCGGCGCGGUCGCUGCGGGCCGGGGUGGAGAAGUCGCGGGCGCUGGGGCAGGCGCUGGCGCGGGCGGGGCCCAGGAUGGAGGAGAUCCAGCUGGCGCUGCCGGCGCUCGAGGCCGCCGUGCGCCCGAUCCGGGCGCCGCGGGCGGAGCUGGCCGCCGCGGGCCCGCACAUCGACCGCGCCGUCGGCCCCGCCGCCGCCGUGCUCAAGGUGUUCGACGCCGUGCACGGCCUUGAGCCGCCGCUCCUCGCCGCGGGCGCCGUCGCCGGGGACCUCGCGGGCUACCUCGCCGUGCUCGGCAGGCUCGAGGAGGCGCUCAGGUUCCUCUCCGAUAACUCCGGCCUCGCCGCCCAGUGGCUUGCGGAUAUCGUCGAGUACCUCGGGGACCACGACCUCGCCGACCCGCGCUUCCUCGCUGACCUCGCCGUCACCCUCGAGGGGCUCAAGAAACCUUCCGGUGACCUCGACGGUGGCCUCCUGGCUGCCGCUCUGGACAUGCUCGAGGCCGAGUUCGGCCGCCUUCUCGCCGAUCACACCGACCCACUCGCGGUGCAGCAGCUGAACACCACGACGGCGCCAUCUCUCAUCCCGGCCACCACCGUCCACAAGCUCAGCCUAAUUCUUGACCGCCUCAUUGCCAAUGGCAGGCAAGACCAUUGUUUGUCGGUCUAUGCCGAUGCUCGCGGAAGCGUGGUGAGUGCCAGCCUCCGUGCCCUUGGCCUCGAUUACUUGCGAAACCCGGUCGACGAUGCACAGGCAUUGGGCCCUGGCGUUGAGUUGUGGGGGCGGCAUUUGGAGUUUGUUGUGCGCUGCCUCCUUGAAUCUGAGCGACAGCUCUGCAAUAAGGUGUUCGGACAACACAAGGAUGGCGCAUCAGCGAGCUUUGCGGAGGUUGCAGCACAUGCUGGCGUUCUUGAUUUCUUGAGAUUCGGCCGUGCAGCUGCUGAUGCCAAGAAGGAUCCCAUUAAGCUCCUGCGUUUGCUGGAGGUGUUUGAUUCUUUGAAUAAGCUAAGGUUGGACUUCAACCGGUUGUUUGGUGGAAAGAAGGCAUGUGCAGAGAUUCAGAGCCAAACAAGGGACCUUGUGAAGUUGUUAGUGGAUGGUGCUGUUGAGAUCUUUGAGGAGCUGCUUGUGCAGGUGGAGCUACAGCGGCACAUGCCUCCCCCACCUGAUGGUGGUGUGCCGCGCCUAGUUAGCUUUGUGGUUGAGUACUGCAACCGUCUCCUUAGUGAGAAAUACAGGCCUGUGCUUGCGCAGGUUCUUACCAUCCAUCGCAGUUGGCGCAAAGAGACAUUCAGUGACAAGAUGCUUCUCAAUGCUGUGCUUAACAUCGUCAAGGCCCUUGAAGCUAAUUUUGAUGUCUGGUCGAAGGCAUAUGACAAUGUGACACUGUCAUAUCUCUUCAUGAUGAACACACAUUGGCAUUUCUUUAAGAACUUGAAGGCUACUAAGUUAGGCGAACUUUUGGGUGAUGCAUGGCUCCAAGAGCAUGAACAGUUUAAGGACUACUAUUUGACAGUGUUUAUGAGGGAUAGUUGGGGGGUGGUUUCACCACUGCUUAACCGCGAGGGGCUAAUCUUGUUCUCCAAGGGCCGGGCCACAGCAAAGGACCUGGUGAAGCAGCGUCUUAAGACGUUCAAUGCGAGCUUUGAUGAGAUGUUCCGGAAACAAUCUGCAUGGGUUAUACCAGACAAGGAUUUGAGGGAGAAGACAUGUGGUCUUGUGGUUCAGGCAAUUGUUCCUGCUUACCGGAGUUAUAUGCAGAACUAUGGGCCACUAGUGGAGCAGGAUGUGAGUGCUAGCAAGUAUGUAAAGUACACUGUUGAAGGUUUGGAGAAGAUGCUCAGUGCUCUCUUCAUCCCGCGGCCCAGGAGGGCUGGGAGCUUCCAAAUCAGGCACUCAAAUGAAAAGAUUACUAGUGCGAUGACAGGAUUUUAUCGGAGUGCUUCUACAGUGAAAUAGCUUUGCUUGAAGAACCAAAUUGUUGGUUCUAUUAUUUAUGGAAUAAUGGGAUAUGCGACAAUGAUUCAUUUUCGGCUAGUCGGCAAAUAGCUCCACGCUGGACAUGAGGCCCAAUAAUGAACCUAUGAUGAGAACAGUAGCAACAUAUGAACAUAGGCUCUUCUAUAGUUGUCAUGGUGAACAGAAGAUGGUGGUGGGGGAGGGGGAGGGGGGAGCGUACUUGGGACAUUUCCUACUUAUCAAAUGCCUUCCCUUCUGUUAUUAUGUUAUUGUCCCUAGCACCAUAGACAAUUCAUUUAGGAAUUUCUGUGGGGACAUGUUGAUAUUUAAUCAGCUGUGUAGUGUAUGUAUAAUUGCUUUUAUUUUAGGUUGACAUUUAUUUAUAUGUUCAUGUGCUACCAAAUGAGCUCCAAUAUGCAAUGUAUUAUAUGAAAAGCUAGAGUUUGAAGACCACAAGGAGCUAACUGUUUCAUAUCAAUUCCUUGAUUUCUCAGUGUUCAGAAGCUCUGUGUUCUAGCAAAAUGGACCAUAUACACCCGAUGUUAGUGUUGUAAAAUAAUUGAAGAAUAAGCCAGAAUGCUGUGCAUUGCAUCUCCUGUUUUUGCUGAAAAUUGACUUGUUCAA